CAACCCUAUAAAGGGCAAAGUACAUAGUAUAUUAUCAAUGAUUUUAGCAAUACAGGUUCUAUUAAAUUAUUAUUUAACAUCAACUAUAGACCCUGGUUCAUUUAAAGAUACAACUUCACCAUCCUAUUAUCUUGCAAAUCCUGUAUCUCAAGACUAUGAGGAAAAGUUUUGUAGUAAAUGUAAUGAACAAAAACCAGAAAGGGCCCACCAUUGUAGAUAUUGCAAUAGAUGUGUUUUACGAUUAGAUCAUCAUUGUCAAUGGAUAAAUAAUUGUGUUGGUCUUUUCAAUCAAAAAUAUUUUGUAUUGUUUUUAUUUUAUACAUCAAUUGCUAUUAUAUAUUUUUUCAUUUUAUUAAUUAAUAGAACCAUAGAGUUAAUUUCAAAACAUUCAAUGGAACAAACAUUACCAGAAUUUGAUUUGUUACAUUUAUUAUUGUUAGGGUUUUUAAUUAUUGUUUUAAUUAUUGCAGCAAUUUCAAUAUUGGCAUUAUUAUCAACUCAAAUUUAUUUAAUCUCUAAAAACUUAACAACAAUCGAGCAAGAAGAUAGAAAGAGAAAACAUUUACAACCAAACUCUUCAAAUUUAUAUAAAAAAUAUGACAAAGGUUCAAUUAUAUCAAAUUUCACAGUGGUCUUUGGUAAUCCAUCAUUGUAUUGGCUUUUACCAACACCACCCAAUCUUUUAUAUAAAGGAAAUAAUAAAAAGGGUGAUAUAUUUAUAGUGUAACAAUAAAAUAAUAUUAAUAAACAAUAAUUAAAAAAUUUAAUAGUUAUUUUAAUUAUUUUUAUAAAAAUUAU